UGUUUUUAGCAAGGGCGUGCUUCUCAGCUUAUCGUUCAGCUUCUUGUCUGCCAGGGCACUCAGGUGCUUUUCUGUACAGCUGCUUUCUAGCCACUUGGUCCCCAGCCUGUGCUGUUGCAUGGAGUUUUUCUGUCUCUGGUGCAGGACUUUGCAUUUGCUAGUGUUGAACUUCAUUAGGUUAAUAGCAGGAGAGCAGAGACCUUGUGAAAAGUAGUUGUGCCUGGAAUGUGGGCAUGGCCAAAAGGUGGAGUCUGUCAUAGUAAGGCAGUUAAUAAAGCCAUCAGGUUUCAAAAGCUCAAAUCCCAUGUCAAGCAAGGAGUAAACUUACUGAGAAGUUAUUUUGAUCUAAAUGAAUCCCUAAAUGAAUUGAUCUAAAUAAAGCACCCCCCCAAAAAAAAAAAAAAAAACGGAAAAAAAACCCCACAAAACAAAAGCAGAGACCCUCAUUGGAAGGUGAAGAAGGGUGAUUGUUCCUGUGAUUCACAGAAUCUGAAAAGUGGCUUUGUUAAAGUGAAAAUUGGAGCUGUUCAAAUGGGACUAGACCUUCUUGCCGUGUAAUGUAUACAAUAAAUUCUGUAGUCUUAUUAUUACAGUAGAUCAAGAAGGGGGAACCUUGUACAUGAAAGAUGAGAUAGAAAUUAAAAUAGAUGUGGCCCUAGAACAUGGCUUUUACCUUAGAUUAUAGUUUGUUUUUUGUGGGGACAGACAUAGCGUAGUUAAGUCUCUAGCUUGUCAAAAAGUUCAGGCAGAAGCGUCAACUGCUGUUGUCAACAGAAGCAACCUAGCCUGUCCUUCCUGGCUUUCCCUGGUAGGAUGCUCAGUCCUAAAACUGUAAGAAUGGAAACAACACAAGUGGCAAAAGUUGGCUUGGUUGCUAGCAGCAGCAAAAGUCCAGCUGGUUUUCCAUCCUGGUUACUUAUUCCUUCUCUGCAAUAGCCUGUCUUUGUGCUAGGAUAGUUGUUUGUGGCAACACAGUGCAAAUCGGGUUAUAGAUGUGAUCCUGCUGAAAAUUAGUUCUUCUUUUGGAUUAGUGGUCAGUUAGAGUGGAUCCUUCAUUUGUUUUAGUGCUUGACAGCACAUAUGUUUGGGCUGGUGCAAAGCAGUUUUGUUGCAGAGAUAAGAGCAAACAACUGGGCAAGGGAAAGAGUUGAGCAGCUUUUGGCAGGCACUGGAUUGCUGUUGCUGCUUAUUGGACUCUGACUUUAUAAGAGUGAAGGUAGGAAAAGGCUGUUUAGAAUGGAAGUAAUUCUCUGAACUCAGUGAAGUUAUGUGGGAGAAGCAGCUAGAGUCUGCAGCGUGAAAUUAUUUGUCCAGUAGUAGCUGUCUUGAAUGAGUUUGUCUGGGCAGGGGUAAAGUCAUAAGAUAAAACACUCCGAUGUUUGAAAAGGGUGGAGGAUUUGUCCUUUCUGUAAGCUGUUGUCUGAUACACAUCUCUACGGACACCGCUAAGCGCAUAGGAAGCGACAGUGUGCAGGAUGGGAGCUUUUGUGAGUGCUGAGCUUGGGGUGGGAGGGUAUAUUUUAUUGCUUUAUGUGAUUUCUUCCUCUGCAACAGAAUAAAACUGAAAAUUGUGCUUAGUUUGUUUUUGCUUCCAAGACAUCUCGCGCUAACGGUAAAACUGACUGAAACGAGUGGUCUCGCUUGAGACUUGCUCUCGUUCCUGUGCUUGGGUUGCUCACGCGCUGCACUUCUGCGUGGCCUGUGCUGCCUUAGCGUUACGUGCUGCGUUUUGCAUUGCUUUGCCUUUGAGGGGCUGUCUUCACUGUAUGGAAAAGAGGGGCAUCUUCACGUCAGAGCACGCCAUUUGGUGUGGUGUCUUAAUGUGAACAGCCUCGUCAAGAUGAUGCGUGGAUGGAUGUAUUUUGCUUUGAUGCUCCUUGGGGUUACCUCGAGGGUUAGAACUGGCCAGAACAAGCUACAUGAAGCUGCCAGCUUGUGGGGUCCAUAUAAGGACAUAUGGCAAACUGUAAUGAAUGCCAUUUGGAAAAGGCAACCUGAAGCUAUUCAUCGCCUCGACCAGGUUUUAAAGAAACACAAAUCUGACUUCAUUUCUCUCUUCAGAAAUCCGCCAAAGAAUGUUCAGCAGCAUGAGAAAAUUCAGAAAGCAAGUACGGAAGGGGUUGCUAUCCAAGGUCAGCAGGGAACCAGGCUUUUGCCAGAACAACUCAUCAGAGAAGCCUUUAUCCUCAGUGACCUCUUUGAUAUUGGAGAGUUGGCAGCUGUGGAGCUCCUUCUAGCUGGAGAACACCAGCAACCUCAUUUUCCUGGUCUUACAAGAGGUCUUGUGGCUGUUCUCUUGUACUGGGAUGGAAAAAGAUGCAUUGCCAAUUCACUACGAGCCCUCAUACAGUCACGCCAAGGCAAGACGUGGACGUUGGAACUCAGUCAAGAGCUAAUGUCCAUGACAACACGCUUCACAGAUGACCUAAUGGAACACGGUUUGACUCAGAAGAUCCUCACACUUGUGUCUCAAAUUGAUUUGAACAAUGAAUUCGAUAAACUCCAGAGAGAGCGAGGAUUGGGCAGUGAGAAACAUCGCAAAGAGGUUUCUGACCUCAUCAAAGAGUGCCGACAGUCCUUGGCUGAAAGUCUCUUUGUCUGGACCUGCCAGUCACCGCUGAGUAAGGAUGACACUCUAAUCCUCAUAAGUUACUUGGAGAAAGUAACAGUAGAAGCUGAUGGCUCAUUGGACGGUGUGAACUUGUCUCUUCUCAUGGCGCUCCUCUACUGCUUUGAUGUCAGUUUUCUAGAACAAGGCACAGAGGAUCGUGAAGAUCUGAUGCACCGGCUCCCUCUGCUAGCAGAAAGACAGUACAUAGCAACAAUACACACUCGUCUUCAGGAAUCUCAGCCUUGGAAACUACCAGGCUUGCAAGCAACUGUUCGAUUAGCCUGGUCACUGGCUUUACGAGGAAUAUCCCAGUUAUCUGAUGUGACAGCUCUUGCAGAAUUCACUGAAGCAGAUGAAGCAAUGGCAGAGCUAGCGGUUGCUGAUAAUGUCUUUCUGUUCCUGACUGAAUCUGUUGUGGGAUCUGAAAAUUUCUACCAGGAGGAAUUUUACAUUCGCAAAAUUCAUAACCUUGUCACAGACUUCCUUGCACUCAUGCCAAUGAAGGUGAAACAGCUGAGAAACCGUGCUGAUGAAGAUGCUCGCAUGAUUCAUAUGAGUAUUCAGAUGGGUAAUGAUCCACCUAUUUCCCUUCGGAGAGAUCUGGAGCAUUUAAUGCUUUUAAUUGCUGAAUUGUACAGGAAAGACCCUUUUAAUCUGGAACUUGCCCUUGAAUACUGGUGUCCAUCAGAGCCUUUGCAGACAUCUACCGUCAUGGGGUCCUACCUCGGAGUAGCUCAUCAGAGACCUCCUCAGCGCCAGGUUGUCUUGUCAAAGUUUGUUAGGCAAAUGGGAGAUCUCCUUCCCUCCACAAUUUACAUCCCAUACUUGAAAAUGCUGCGGGGACUGGCUAGUGGGCCUCAGUGUGCUCAUUACUGCUUUAGUUUGCUAAAAGUCAAUGGCAGUAGUCAUGCGGAAAACAUCCAAGGAACAGGUGGCAGUCCUGUCUCCUGGGAGCAUUUCUUCCACUCUUUGAUGCUUUAUCAUGAACACUUAAGGAAGGACUUGCCAAGUGCAGACAGUGUCCAGUAUCGUCACCUGCCUCUUCGAGGAAUCACACAGAAAGAACAAGAUGGAUUAAUUGCCUUUUUACAGCUGACCACAGUUAUAGUAAACUGGAGUGAGAAUGCUCGCUUGGCUCUUUGUGAGCACCCUCAGUGGACACCAGUGGUGGUCAUUCUGGGACUUCUGCAGUGCAGCAUUCCUCCUAUUUUGAAAGCAGAGCUAUUAGAAACCCUUACUGCUUUUGGAAAAUCUCCUGAAAUAGCUGCUUCACUCUGGCAAUCCCUGGAAUACACCCAGAUAUUACAAACUGUGAGAAGUCCAGGCCAGAGACAAGCAAUUGGUAUUGAGGUUGAGCUGAACGAGAUUGAGUCUCGAUGUGAGGAAUAUCCUUUAACCCGUGCCUUCUGUCGACUCAUCAGCACGCUAGUGGAGAGUUCAUUCCCCUCUAACUUGGGAGCAGGUCUCCGCCCACCAGGCUUUGAUCCCUAUCUCCAGUUCCUCAGGGACUCUGUGUUUCUCCGGUUCCGCACCAGAGCUUACCGGAGAGCUGCUGAAAAAUGGGAAGUAGCUGAGGUAGUUCUGGAAGUGUUUUACAAAUUGCUGCGAGACUACGAACCUCAGCUGGAAGACUUCGUGGACCAAUAUGUGGAGUUACAAGGAGAAGAAAUAAUAGCAUAUAAACCACCUGGGUUCAACUUGAUGUAUCAUCUAUUGAAUGAGUCUCCAAUGCUGGAACUGUCCCUUAGUUUGCUAGAAGAAGGAGUUAAGCAGCUUGAUACUUAUGCUCCAUUUCCUGGGAAGAAGCAUUUAGAGAAAGCAGUACAAUAUUGCCUUGCACUUCUAAACUUGGCGCUGCAGAAGGAGAAUCUUUUUAUGGAUCUGUUGCGGGAGAGCCAUCUUUCCCUUAUUGUCACACCGCUGGAGCAGCUGCUUCAAGGAAUCAAUCCUCGCACUAAAAAGGCAGAUCAUGUGGUGAAUAUUGCAAGGUAUCUUUAUCAUGGAAACAGCAAUCCUGAACUGGCUUUUGAAAGUGCCAAGAUUCUGUGCUGUAUUUCUUAUAAUUCCAACAUCCAGAUAAAACUAGUUGGUGAUUUCACACAUGAUCAGAGUAUUAGCCAGAAGCUGAUGGCUGGGUUUGUGGAAUGUUUGGACAAUGAAGAUGCAGAAGAAUUAAUUAAUCCAGAUGAGGAGCUGGAGCCUGAAAAGCAGCGGGCACGCAUCCAUCAUGAAACAAGGAUCCAUAUUCUGAAUCUCCUUAUCACCUCUCUUGAGUGUAGUCCUCCCAGCCUUGCUCUGUAUCUCUUGGGAUAUGAGCUCAAGAAGCCUGUCAGCACUACAAAUCUGCAAGACCCAGGCGUUUUGGGUUGUCCACGGACUUGCCUUCACGCUAUUUUGAACAUAUUGGAGAAGGGUACUGAAACAAGGAAUGGGCCUACAGCAGUUCAGGAAUCUCCUCAUCUUGCAGAACUCUGUUACCAGGUGAUCUAUCAGUUGUGCACAUGUGCUGACACCUCGGGCCCAACUAUGAGAUACCUGAGGACCAGUCAGGAUUUCUUAUUCACUCAGCUGCAGUAUUUGCCAUUUUCUACCAGAGAGCAUGAGAUUUCAACACUGAACCAAAUGUCCUGGUUGAUGAAAACGGCAGCGAUAGAAAUGCGAGUGACAUCACUGAACCGCCAGCGCUCCCAUACGCAGAGACUGCUGCAUCUGCUGCUGGAUGACAUGCCUGUGAAACCCUACUUGGGUGAUGGUGAAGGCGGGAUAGAAGAUGAAAGUCGGUCUGUCAGUGGGUUUCUCCACUUUGAUACUGCCUCUAAAGUACGCAGGAAGAUCUUAAGUAUUCUGGAUUCGAUUGACUUCAGCCAGGACAUUCCAGAGCCUUUGCAACUGGAUUUUUUUGACCGGACUCAGAUUGAGCAAGUCAUUGCUAAUUGUGAACACAAGAAUGCACGUGGGCAAGUGGUCUGCAACGUCAAGCAUCUACACAGAGUUCUGGUUGCAGAAGUCAAUGCCCUUCAAGGAAUGGCAGCAAUUGGUCAGAGACCUUUGCUUAUGGAAGAGAUCAACACUAUCCUGCAGUAUGUAGUGGAGCGGAAUAAGUUGCUACAGUGCCUCCAUGCUAAGAGGCAUGCUUUAGAGUCGUGGAGACAGCUGGUGGAAAUUAUACUCACUGCCUGCCCCCAGGAUCUUAUACAGGCUGAAGACAGACAACUGAUUAUCCGUGAUCUGUUACAGGAUGUGCAUGACAAGAUCCUGGAUGAGGAUGCAGCUCAGGAGCUGAUGCCAGUGGUGGCAGGGGCUGUGUUCACCCUGACAGCCCAUCUGAGCCAGUCUGUGAAAACAGAGCAGAAACAGCCACUUUCAGUCCCAAUGACGGGACAGUCCCAAUAUGUCUUGAUGCUGGAUGGUUCUUUUGCCUCAUCACCUGGUUCUGAGAGCAUAUCGAUAGGUUUUGCUUCCAUUGGUGACUCCUCCCUUCACAUCAUCUUAAAAAAGCUGCUGGAUUUCAUUUUGAAAACAGGAGGUGGCUUCCAGAGAGUGAGGACACAUCUUUACGGAUCACUGCUUUAUUAUUUACAGAUUGCCCAGAGACCAGAUGAACCAGACACUUUAGAAGCCGCUAAAAAAACAAUGUGGGAACGUCUGACAGCUCCUGAAGAUGUGUUUAGUAAAUUGCAACGAGAAAACAUGGCAAUUAUUGAGAGUUACGGGGCAGCUCUUAUGGAAGUCGUCUGUCGUGAUGCUUGUGAUGGUCAUGAGAUAGGCCGGAUGUUGGCAUUGGCUUUGCUUGAUCGUAUUGUUUCAGUAGACAAGCAGCAGCAGUGGCUAUUGUAUCUCUCCAAUAGUGGCUACCUGAAGGUGCUUGUGGAUAGCCUAGCAGAUGAUGAUGUGACUCUUCAGAGCUUACUCACACCUCAGCCCCCUCUGCUUAAAGCGCUGUACACCUAUGAGUCCAAAAUGGCAUUCCUCACCAGAGUAGCUAAAAGUCAGCAAGGGGCUUUAGAACUGUUGAGGUCUGGUGUGAUUGUGAGGCUGGCACAGUGUCAAAUAUAUGACAUGCGACCUGAAACAGACCAUCAAGGCAUGUAUGGAAUGAGAGAUCCCCCAGUCUUCAUUCCUGCUCCAGUGGAACGCUAUCGCCAGAUUCUUCUCCCAGCCCUUCAGCUGUGUCAAGUGAUCCUCACAUCCAGCAUGGCACAACACCUACAAGCAGCAGGACAGGUUUUGCAGUUUCUCAUUGCCCAUUCAGAUACUAUUCAGGCAAUCCUGAGGUGUCAAGAUGUUAGCGUUGGAUCUCUGCAGGAGCUGGCCUUCCUGACAGGAAUAAUCAGCAAGGCAGCUUUGCCUGGAGUGCUAAAUGAGCUGGAUGUUGAUAUUAAUGAAGGGACGCAGAUGGAGCUACAAGGACAUAUAGGUCGAUUUCAGCGCCAGUGCUUAGGACUUCUAAGUCGGUUUGGUGGUUCAGACAAACUGCGUCAGUUUAAACUGCAAGACGAUAACUCAGAAGGAGACAGAGUGAACAAGAGGGAUGAAAUUGAGUUGGCCAUGCAGCAGAUCUGUGCAAAUGUGAUGGAGUACUGUGAGUCAAUUAUGUUGCAAAGUGCCCCCAGUUUUCAGCACACUGUUUGUCUGUUCACUCCUAGCCUGUCAGAGACAACCAACCGAGAUGGGCCUCGUCAAGAUGCACAAGCUCCAGUGGUUCCGUACUGGCGCUUGCCUGGUCUGGGCAUUAUUGUCUACCUACUGAAACAGAGCACUAAUGAUUUCUUCAGUUAUUAUGAUAGUCAUCGUCAGAGUGUUAACAAACUGCAAAAUGUGGAGCAACUCCCACCAGAUGAAAUAAAAGAGCUGUGUCAGUCAGUUAUGCCAGCUGGGGUUGACAAAAUCUCCACUGCCCAAAAAUACGUUUUGGCAAGGCGACGCCUAGUGAAGCUAAUAAACAACCGAGCCAAACUACUUUCUCUCUGUUCUUAUAUUAUAGAAACCUGUCUCUUCAUUCUUUGGCGUCACCUGGAACACUAUCUACUGAACUGCAUACCCACUGACUCCCAAGACCCACUGCUGUCUUCCAGGACAUCAUUUAAGAGAGGAAGACUGCAAGAUUCCUUUGGUUCAGAGCCCAACUUGGAUUUCAGCAGUGGCCUGAAUCGAGUGAGCCAGCAUGAUAUAGAUCAGCUUCAGAUAGAAGCCACAAACAGCUUUGGUGAAUCUCUGCAGAAGAAGCUUCUGGACAUCGAGGGGUUAUAUUCUAAGGUUCGGUCACGCUACACCUUUAUUCAAGCUCUUGUUAGACGCAUCCGUGGUCUCCUAAGGAUAUCAAGGACUUAAAAGACUGAUAAAGGAUGCUUGUGCCUUGAAGCAGUGCACUUGGACGGGCCUUCUGGAUCAUCAUAUUUUAUAGAUCAUACAUUUUCUAAAUAAUGUCAGAAAAAAUGUUACCUUUUUUAUUAUCUCUUUGGAUAAGUUUUGUGCAUUCUUUCCUACUGCUCCCAACUUGAACGGAAAAAUAAAGAAUUGUUUUUAAG